AUGAAGAUCCCCAAGACCUACAACCCAUACUUUAUGGCAGUAAUUGCUACAUUCGGAGGAGCACUGAUCGGCUUUGAUGUGUCGUCUCUUUCAGCCAUAGUCGGAACCUCGCAAUACAUCAACUUCUUCGGGAACCCGAAUGGUGUCGUGCAAGGUGCUAUUGGAUCUUCGCUGGCUGCUGGCUCGGUGGUUGGAGCCGCGCUUGCCGGACCAGCUUCAGAUCGAUGGGGUCGCCGAGACACGAUUUUCGUUUCGUGUUUCUUUUGGGUUAUUGGCACUAUAAUCCAGGCAUCCACAAUCUCCACAGGUAUGCUAAUCGCCGGCCGCAUCUUGAAUGGAGUGACUAUCGGAGUCACGUCAGCUCAGGUACCUGUCUACUUGGCCGAGAUCGCAAAGAAAGACAUCCGCGGAGCACUUAUCAUCUUCCAAGAAUUCGCCAUCGAAUUCGGUGUGUUGAUAAUGUACUUCAUCGGCUACGGGGCUUCCUUCAUAUCAGGAGCAACGACAUCUUUUCGACUCGCCUGGGCAAUGCAACUUGUUCCCUGUCUGGUGUUGAUGGCAGGCCUUCCUUUCUUGCCACGAUCGCCUCGUUGGCUCGCCAAAGUUGGUCGUCUCGAAGAAGCUUACGACAUUCUUGCGAAGGUUCAAGCCAAUGGCAAUCGCGAUGACCCUGUUGUUGUCGCAGAGUGGCAAGAGAUCACGCUCACUUUGAACGCCGAACGUGAAGCUCUCCGAGGUUGGAGGAAGUUCAUCAAGAACGGAAUGUGGCGACGCACUCUGGCCGGCAUAUCUGUGAUGGUCUGGCAGCAACUUACAGGAGCGAACGCUCUUAUCUAUUACGUCGUGUAUAUUUUCCAAAUGGCCGGUCUGACGGGUAACAUCAAUCUCAUAUCCGCUGGAGCUCUAUACGCGUCCUUGAUCAUUGGAACAGCAAUCACCUAUGUCAUUGUCGACAAGGUCGGACGCCGCCCACUCCUGGUACUAGGAAUUCUUGGUAUGGGAACCUGCCAAUUUGUUGUAGGUGGUGUCCUUGGACAGUACGGGACCUAUCUUCCCGACGGGCUGGACGGCAAUCUCAAUGUCAGAGUUACAGUCACCGGUGCUGCCAGCCACACUGUCAUCGCCUUCUCUUAUAUCGGCAUGUUAUUAUACGGUCUGACACUGGCGCCAGUGCCUUGGGUGUACUGUGCUGAGGUUUGGUCGCUCGAAACGCGCUCCGUGGGCAUGUCAGUCGCUGUUGUGUUUAACUGGCUUUGCAACUUCGCGCUUGGACUGUUUGUGCCGCCAGCGUUUGCCAAUAUUACAUGGAAGACAUUCAUUGUGUUCGGAGUUCUGUGCUUCGCCGGUGGUAUCCACAUGUUUCUGCAGUAUCCAGAGACUGGACAGAAGACGUUGGAAGAAGUGGAAGAACUAUUUCAGAAGGGAGCUAAGCCCGCUUGGAAGACACGCGUUGGCCAGUCUCAUCUUGAUGAAAAGGUGGCGGAGAUCAAAGAGCACAAACAAGAAGAGGCCCAGCUGGUUGAGGAUAUUGUGCGCAAGCAUGACUAG